AUGGACGGCGAGUCCGUCGUCACGACCGCUCCCCCGCCAACUCGAUGCCCCGCUGACCCCGCCUGCCGCCGUUCCUUUGGUGGUACUACGGCCCAAAAGAACCUCAACUCGCACCUGAAAAACGUACACACAGAGUACUAUCGUACCUACGUCCGUCCCAUCAAGGGCCCCAAGAGAAUCAACCACGAUGCCUACAUCAGACAGAAGCAGAAAGACCCUGAAAAGGUCAAGCGACACAGGCUGCUCGCAAGGCUGAGAAAACAAGCGCGGAAAGAGCAAGUGGAGUGCAUGAAGCGGCAGCGUAGUCCGAGUCCUCCACGAGCACCCGAUCAAGGACUUCUCGCCAUUGAUAUGGGGAACCCGUAUUUUGUAUUGGAGUCGGAAUGCGGAAUGUUUGUGGGACACACGAAGGGAGACCUGAUGAGAUGUGAUGUGGUUAAAAUGCUGGAGGGCCUGGCGAGCAAUGCAUCUCGCAAUGUUGCUGCCGCAGCGAAGAUCCGGAAUGCUAUUGCCGUUGCGCGGUCGCAGGAGAAGGAAGCUUUAGCCGCCGAUUACUACCGAUACCGACGCGCUUUGCAAGACGUGGAGACCUUUGCUGAGCGUCAAACAUCGUACCAGGCAGAACUAUCUCACAUAAGGGAGCGACGGCUGGCACCAGAGGGAUUCCUCGAUGAACAGGCGGUCCAAGUACGAGUAGAAGAGCUUCUGGAGAGAUACGCCCAACGCUCCAAGACGGGGGGUGAAAGCACAGGCUCCGAUAAUGGGAAUCACGAUAAGUUGGACGACCGGGACGGUGAAGGCGAGCCCGAGGUGAUUGUAGGAGAUAGCGAGAUACGAUAA